GAACUAUGGUGUUCACUGUCUGAUCAGGGUCCACUUACUAUAACAGAACAUGUCAAAAUGAGGAAUGGGGAUGAGUUUCCAGUUUCUGUUCCACUGUCUUUUGGUAGCACAUACAAUUUCCAGUUGACAUAUAAACAGAAUGAUUCCACACUAAUAGUGCAUCAUGUAACAAUAACUAAAACAUUACAAAUGGAACAAUUCUACGUUUAUGCUCAUCUGUUUCACACUGCCAAAAGUUCAUCUUGUGAGCAUCGUUUAGAAGUUCCUACAAGUAAAUAUUCAGAUUGUCAGAUUGAUCUCACAGUUUUGUCAAAUUUAGCAGCAAACAAGCUGCUUAAAAUGACUUCGGACCAGGUGUGUCAUGUAUCAAAAGAAGACCAGCAUGGUUGCAAGAAUGUGUUGCUUGAAGAGCAGAUUGUGCCAGAGACCGGAGAGAGACUUUCUGACUUGCCAGCAACAAAUUUAAAACAUUAUAUUUCUGAAAAAGAUCAAAGUAAUACCAAAAUAUACAGACAGGGUCUCACUGUAAUGACUUACAAUAUUUGGAAUUUCAACACGUAUGAAUACAGUGGAAGAUAUCAGCAAAGAAUAAGCCAUAUAUCAAAGGUGCUGAAGGAAGCCAGUCCGGAUAUUGUUGCAUUCCAGGAAGUCAGACUGGAAACUCCUCUUGGUGGAAGAUUAGGACCAUGUCAGAUGGAUCAUCUGAUUUCACUGAUGCCAUACUAUCAGUUUGUCUACCAGCCAGCACAGCUGCAAGGAAACAGUUUGGAACAGGGAAGGACAGAAGAGGGAGUGGCAAUAUUUUCUAAAUAUCCUAUCAUCCAUCAUGAUUAUUUGCUUUUAUUCAGAAAUAAAAGCAAUUCUGCUGACAUGAAUCAAAGAAUAUGUCUCCAUGCAGUGAUACUUGUCCCGUCAUUUGGAGAGGUACAUGUUUUCAACACUCAUUUCUCCCUUAGUCACGAGGCAAGAGAGGCAGCAGUCAAACAAAUUCUACAAUACAUGAGUUGUUAUGAUGGUGGACUUGUUAUAUUUUUGGGAGAUCUGAAUGCAAGUCCCACGGAAACAGCAAUUAAAAUGCUGACCAAUGGAUCCGGAUUACUGGACAUAUGGGAGCACUUGUAUCCAUCAUCUGAUGGUUUUACAUUCAGCUGCUUAGAGGAUAGUCUUUCCAAGAGGAUUGAUUAUAUAUUCAUGAGGAAAACUAAUGCAGUUUCAGUGCAUAACGUGGAGGUUUUGGAUGAUAAAACAAGAUCUGCUGCUGCAUCGGACCACAGAGCUGUGAUGGCAACAUUUGUGUUGAAGGAAGGUGAUGCCACAUAG